AUGGAGCUUUACACAAAGCGAAACGAUUGGUUCCUGAACCCACAUUGCCGUCCUCUCAUGGCUUCUUUCAUGUCAAACAUGGACAUUCGGCUGACAAUUGAUGUGGGAAAGGUCAUUGGCUACAUGACCAAAUAUGUGACCAAGCCUGAGGCAUUGCACUCCAGAAGAACGAGAAAUUUCUUCUUCAAUGCUCUCAACAAUGCCACAGAAGGAGGUGAAGCAACUAGUGUGAGAACAGCUUUGAAUCGCCUGCAGACGACUGUUGCCGGAAAUCGGCCGCGUGGAAAGCCAGAGACAUGCCAUCUAAUCAAUGGACUUCCUCUUGUGUAUUCGUCACACACUUUCACCAAGGUAAACCUCUACAACAACACAAUGGAAGUAGAGGUUGGAGAAGGAGAAGUUCAAACCAAAGUGACAUUGAUCGACCCUUAUGCAAAACGAAAUGAAGCAUCAUGGUGGCAAGAUGCGAGUGUGUUUGUCAACGCAAGAGACAACGGUCUUGAACAUUUGAAUCUGGACGACUUUGGCAGGAAGUAUACACUACUCAAAGGUGGUAAUUUUGCGGGAAAAAUCAAGGAAUUGGAUCGAAAGAAGUUCCACCAGUACGUCCCACAGCUAUCCAAUAAUCCAAACGGUCCAAAGUAUGUGGACUAUUGUCAAUUGGGAUGUGUUCGUUACAAAACUUGGCGAGAUGGCUAUCACAACGCGUUUGGAGGAAGUGAAGUGACAGAUCAAGAGAAGAAGGACAUUUGGAAUGCACUUCUUCUUGAAAUGUCUAACAAUGCUUCUUCUCAGGACGAAGAAGGACGGCGACCUCCAGAUCAUCUUCAGCAGGAAACGAUGCGGGCACUAGCUGCAGUACAGUUGUCGGACAAUAGUCUGGAUGUUGGUGGCGGUGGCGGCGGCAAUGGAGGAGCUGCUCAAGUCGAUGCAGAUGACAUCGACGAGGACGAGUUUGAAUUGCAGUAUUCAAGUUUGGGAACGGAUGUCGACCUAUGGCAUGAGGACGUGGACGACAACCUUGUUUGGGAUGAGGAAAAGGACUGGGGGUCAGUCGGUCGUGAUCUUGCUUCCUGUGUUUCGGAAGACCCGGUUGCAGUGCUACAGCAACGAGCAACCAAUACCAAUGGACCAAGGGAAUUGGGUGGAAGGACAGUGAAUCGCAACGAAAUGAAAGAUCACCAGAAUGCUUUUGUGAAGUUGGUGGAAACGGUGUUGGAAUAUGGAGACGGCGACUCUUCCACUGAUGGCGGGAAUGAAUUUUCUUGGUGCAUUCUGCUUCGAGGACAGGGUGGGACUGGAAAGUCUUUUGGCAUGAACUACCUACGACAGAAGCUUGAACCAGGUGAAGUGGUUGCAUUGGCAACGACAGGAAAAGCUGCUACGGUCAAUAAUGGCUCUACUUGUUUCAGUAGAAAGGAUGGUUUGGCGUUACCAAUUGGAUCGCGACCACUUAAUCCAUUGCAAGGUCGAAUCAAAAUGGAUUUGCAAGAAACGCACAAGAAUGCCAAGGUAGUCUUUAUUGACGAAUAUUCCAUGCUGCAUCAAAAGUAUUUGCAAAUGAUCAAUCUAAGGUUGCAAGAGAUCAAGGCAAAUAACAAAUUGUUUGGUGGCGUUGUUCUGGUAUUGGUUGGCGAUACAGCACAACUUUCACCAGUAAAGGGCAAGCCAUUAUGGUACGGAGGAAAUGAUGGAUGCAACGCUUCGCGGAACCUGUAUUUCCAACAGUUUACAUCGGUGAUUGAACUGGUAGUAAAAAAUCGCGUCGACAGGAAUGACGAAGAUGCGGUUUGGUUUGAAAACUUUUUGAACAAGUUGGCGGAUGCCCGUAUUGAAGAGAACCACUAUGAAUGGAUACGAGAUCGCUGUUCCAGAGACACAAUGGGGACACAAGCAUGGAGAGCUCGUGGAUUCGACAAUCCUCGUAUUACCAACCUCUUUCCAACCAAUAGAGAGGUGGAUACACACAACAGAGAUGCACUGAAGGCUCUGAACAGUCCAAUUCUUCGGAUUGAUGCACUCAAUUUAAGUUCUCGGAUGAAGGCACUAUCAGUGGACCGGUGUGGAGGUCUGUACAAUGUGCUUUUUCUGGCUAUCGGCGCAGAGGUUCCCUUGACCUACAAUCUCUGCCCAAAGUUGGGAUUGGCGAACGGCUCUACUGGAAAAGUGGUGGGCAUCAAGUAUCGCCAAAAAGAGAGUCCACAAACCAAGAAACAUCUUCCAUAUUGUGUCUGGGUGGAAAUGGACGAUUAUUCUGGGGAAUCAUUCUUUCCAGAGCCAACAUCAAGUACAGAACCGUCAAGAAGUAAGUGGGUUCCAAUUUAUCCUCAGACUCAUAUCGAAUACACAAAACGGAACGGGGAUUGGGUCGAAGAUACAAGAACGAUGAUCCCCUUACGACUCGCUUGGGCGUGGACGAUUCACAAGGCACAAGGACAAACGAUCAGGAACAAAAUUGUCCCGACGCUAGGGAACAAGGAAAUGGAACAUGGUGUGUCUUAUGUUGCAUUCUCUUGGGCGGUUAGGGUGUUCAACGUUGGCAUCAAGGGUGGAGUGACGUUAUGUCUGCAAAGUUUUCCCCCCACUUUGCAGCCCCUACCCCGUACAAUUAUAUAUUUUGCCCUGGUCAAAUAA